AUGCCGAGCCUGCUCACUUAUGUUGGAAUCCCCAUCGCCCUUGCGGCUUUGGCCUACCAGUUCUUGUCCGGACCUGGUAGCAAAGCUCAUGAUGUAUUUGGUCUAGGCCGUCAAUUCAACUACACCUCUCACACCUGCACAAAGAUCCCGGAACUCGAAGCAUGCGAAGACAUGUGGCUCCACCGUCCGUCUGGCUUGCUCUACCUGGCAUGUUCCGACAUUCGCGGUCGACUUGCUUGGACCCCGGCGAUUGAUAACCUUGAUGUCUCUGGCCGUCCCAAUAACGACUACGUUGCUAUUCUCGACACCAAAGCGACGGGACCUAUCGCAAAGAGGAUCACCAAAGUCAAGCCGACUUCGUUCAGUGGAACGCUCAACUUGCAUGGAAUUUCUGUGUACGAAGUACCUGCUAAAUCGUCGGAACUCAAGCCGACGUUGAGGAUCUUUUUGAACAAUCACCGACCACCUAUCGAUCCGGUUUCUAAGACCGUCAUGGACGCAUCCAAGGUUGGCGCCAACUCGACAUUUGAGCUGUUCGAGGCUACGUUGGGCGAAUCGAGAAUGCGACACAUCCGUACCUAUGUUGGCGAUGCUAUUCGUACACCCAACCGUCCUGCUGCGGUAGGACCGGACAGUUUCGUGUUUACCAACGAUCAUCGUGUCAAAACGGGAGCUAGUCGAUUGCUUGAUUUCUUCGUACCUCGAAGCGAUCUUGGCUUCUGCGACACCUCGGGUUGCAAGAUCGCUGCUCCCGGUCCGUACCCUUAUCCGAACGGAGUCGUGAGGUCGUCCAAACAUCCAAACCGAUUCUACGUGCCCGCUUCGGCCGAUUCCAACAUCCGCGUAUUCGAACUUCAAUCCGAUAACUCGUUGACUCUGGUCGACGUCAUCCACACCGGCUACCCCGCAGACAACCUGACUGUCGACGAACAAGACAACAUCUACGCAGCGUGCUUCCCCAACGUCCCCAAACUCCUCGCCAAAUUCAAAGAUCCUUACAACAAACACAGCCCAAGCACCGUAUUGAAGAUCAGCAAGAACACGGGACAGGACGCCUUCUAUGGCAAAAAGUGGAGCGUGCAAAAACUGCUCGAGGACGAUGGAUCUGGUAUGAGCGGCGCUACUACCGCCUUGUGGGACCAAGACAACCAAGGCCUCUGGCUCGGUGGCGUUUCGAGCAUCACCAGCUUUUGCAAGCUCUAA